CGCCAGAUGUAUAUGAGCGCACGCGGCGGGAUCUUUUUUCCCUUUUAGCGCCAUCAGAGCGGGAGUCUCGCGCUGUUCACUGCGCAGUAGCAUCUCCGCCUCAGACAGACCUCUACACGUCGGGUUCUCGGAAUCAAAACGGUGAAACAACAUGGCAGAUCUUGACAAUAAAGACCAAACUGAAAUGGACCCAGCAGAUAUGGAGGAUGUUGAAGAGGUGGAGGAAGAGGAGACUGGGGAAGACAACAGUAAAGCACGUCAGCUGACGAUGCAGAUGAUGCAGAACCCCCAGAUUCUUGCGGCGCUGCAGGAGCGGUUGGACGGACUCGUGGGAUCUCCCUCAGGGUACAUGGAGAGCUUACCAAAGGUGGUGAAGAGACGCGUUAAUGCCCUUAAGAACCUCCAGGUCAAAUGCGCCCACAUCGAAGCAAAGUUCUACGAAGAAGUCCACGAACUGGAGCGAAAAUACGCUGCUUUGUAUCAGCCUCUCUUCGACAAGCGGAGUGAUAUCGUGAGAGCAGCAUACGAACCCACAGAUGAGGAGUGCGAGUGGAAACAAGAUGAAGAGGAAGAGCUGACAGUAAGUAAGCAGGAGGAAAUGAAGGAAAAGGCCAAAGUGGAGGAAGAGAAGAAAGACGAGGAAAAGGAAGACCCUAAAGGAAUCCCAGAAUUCUGGCUUACAGUUUUCAAGAACGUCGACCUUCUCAGUGAAAUGUUGCAGGAACAUGAUGAACCAAUCCUCAAGCACUUACAAGACAUUAAAGUCAAAUUCUCUGACGCCGGCCAGCCAAUGAGUUUCACAUUAGAGUUCCACUUUGAGCCCAAUGAUUUCUUCACAAACACAGUCCUGACAAAGACCUACAAAAUGAGGUCUGAGCCAGAUGAGUCUGAUCCCUUCUCAUUCGACGGGCCAGAGAUCAUGGGCUGCACAGGAUGCACGAUUGACUGGAGUAAGGGCAAGAACGUCACACUGAAAACCAUUAAGAAGAAACAGAAACAUAAGGGACGUGGCACAGUUAGGACAGUCACCAAGACGGUCCCCAAUGAUUCAUUCUUUAACUUUUUCUCUCCACCUGAAGUUCCAGAAAGUGGUGAACUGGACGAGGAUUCCGAGGCCGUGUUAGCAGCAGACUUUGAGAUUGGUCACUUCAUUCGCGAGCGCAUUGUUCCUAGGGCGGUGCUAUACUUCACUGGGGAAGCCAUCGAAGAUGACGAUGAUGAUUAUGACGAGGAGGGAGAGGAAGCUGACGAUGAGGAGGGUGAAGAGGAGGCCGACGAGGAAAAUGAUCCAGACUAUGAGCCCAAGGUAUAAGUGAUGUCUGUAGUAACCCUGCCCUGAAGGAUGCUAACCCCCCAGAGGAGUGCAAACAGCAGUGAUGGCGGCGCCCGCCUCCUUCAGGAUCCCCUACACUGUAACGGCUUCAAACAAACAUAGUUACUUACCGCCUUACAAUGUUUUGUAUUUUUCUUGGUAGAAAUAAUUGAAGAAUAAAUAAAAGGGUUUCAAGAUUUUUGUUACGAAAAAAAGAAAAACAAAUCCUAUCAGGAGCCGUUGCUCAUGACACAUAGUAUUUUACUAGACCGUUUUCUUUCUUUCAUUUUCCCCUCUUUUUUUUUUUUUUUUUCUUUUUUUUUUUUUUUCUCUGUAUAAAUGGUUAGAAUGCAGAAAAUCCCUCAAAGCAUGACACUUGUUUCUUCACUGCUAAACUAGUUGGGUUCUCGUGAAGUCUUUUGUAUUGCUCUUAGACAACAGCUGUGGAAAGACUGUCCAGUUUACAGGGAAAGUGAUUCCUUUACGCUCUUGAGCAACCAAAGCGGUGGCGUCUCUGCGGCAGGGUGGCACAAAGGUGCUCGUUCAUUCAGUUUAAACCCCCCGUGUGUAAUCAGGCUAAAUCAGUUCUCGGUUAAAACAUUCCACAGAAGCGUCCCACUUUUUCCGCUAGAAUCCUUCAAAGUUGUUGUUUUCCGUCGGUGGUGACUGAUGUACAUUCCACAUCUGUGAGGAGGUAGACGCUCUGCUGCAUGACUGUUGUUUGUUUUGUUUUGUUUUUUUCUUCCUAUGAGCACUUUGUACUUUGUCAUGUAUUAGUAGCGUCUCCAAUGUCGACCAAGCGCUUAACGUUAAACUGGCUUGCCGUUAUUCAGGUGGGUUCUCUGCUCCAUGCAUCUCUCCAGAAUGCACUUACAACAAUCCCAACCACCUCAUUGGAGGAUUAGACUUAGAAUGCGAGAACCUGAUUGGAGGAGCCAGUUUUAGUUGGUCUCUGGUUGGUUUCUGAGCUCGGCCCUGAGUGAUGUUUGUUGAGGAGUCUGUGGUGACACGCCACCCUCUGUUUGGCAGGCCUAUCACUGUGAAGGGGUGCGACUGACUGCGUGUGUGUUUGUGUGUGAUUGUGUGUGUGUGCACUCAGAGGAAGGUCUUUGACGUCUCCUCUCACUCGUAGCGCAGCCCAGCAGGUCUGAAGCAGAUAGAGCAAUAUUUUCACUCAGAAACCCCAAACACCGCAGUAUCCCGUGUCUCGUAGCCCCGGCUCUGUGCACAUAUCUAGCGCGGAGCGUCUGGGUCAUCGAUUAGUUCUGUCUGAGGAGCGGUUGAAGCAGCAGGGGUCUUUCUGGUUCCCCCUCAGCAGCUGUUGUCAAAGCAAAAUGCCAUGCUACAAAAUACUAAUGUACUCAAUAACUGUACGUGGAUGUAUAUUCAUGAAAAAUAAAUUGGUAAAAUGUGCAA